AAGUCGAAUUGCGGUGUGACACGUGCAUUCGCGCUCAAUGCCGACCCCGCUAGCGCCCCUGCCGUUCCCGCAGAAACGGCCAGUUUGUUUACGACGUAAUGAGGCACGAACCAUCUGGAGUAGACCACCCCAACUGCUCCGCCUACUAUGCCAGACAUGUCCCUGCUAUAGCUCGCACACGUUCCAACUCCAUCGCUCUGGGCCACCGCCCCCAACAUAGCACCUGCACCUUUUACUGUCGCUGCUGCCGUCGCAAUGGCUGCGCCUGCGCCAGGCCCCGCCGCAGGGCAUCGCCGUCACAAGUCGGCCUCGGUGCUCAAGUCGAUCAUCGGACAGCAUAAGCGCUCACCAUCUGACGGCACCGCGCUGAAGGCUGCGCAGUCUACUACCCCGUACAUUCCUAUGCCGUCCGCGACCAUGAACGCGCCGCUGUUACCGCCCGACCACCCGCACAGCGUAUCGCGGGCUGCCAACAAUCAGCUCGAGAACCUCCCUUUCCUGCCACCGUCGCCGCGCAAACAGUCGCACGACACUCGCAGCUCGAGUCCAAGAAAGGGUCUGCACAAGAAGACGCUCAGUACUGUGUCGCUGCGAUCGCUGGGCAAGGACAAGGCUAAGGAGAAACAAUCGCAGGAGGAUGAGGCAGUACUCGAGAAAUCGAAGAAGAUGAAGUCAUCAACUAACCUGGCGUCCAUGUUCGGCAAGAGCAAGUCGCGAAAGCUUGCACAGUCGCCCAGCAAGGACAAGGAGAACACCGCCCCUUUCUUGCAACCGAUGGCGUCUGAACCAGCGCCAACUCCUAUCUGGGCGCAAUUCAGCUCGCAGCCUCUGCAAGACGUCACAACUACACAUAAGGUCCCGCUCAACGACCAGCGCCGGAGCCUUGAGGGCGAGAUCAACCGUUUUACCCCGCAGAACUACUCGCCUUCGAAACAGCGCGACUUCUUCGAGGUAGGUCAACCUUCUCUACAGAAGCGACCUAUUCCAAAAGAACGACCGAAGUCUAUGCACAUUCCCAUGUCCACAGCAUCGCUACUCGACACAUUCACACGCAAAAAGAGCACCGAUCGACCUCCGUUGACAGCGGCGCAGGGGAAUGGAGAGAGAACACGAGACAGCUCUCCAUCGAAAAGCAAGUCUGCAAGGCCCGCACUUGAGCGCGCGAGCACAGAUAUCGGCAGACGGCCUGUGGGAAACGAAGUAGCGGAACCACCACCAGCAAGUCCAACAAAGAAGCCUAACAGGGUCAUGGCUGCGGUCGCUGCUUUCAAUGGCAGGUCAAAGCAACCAGACGCUCCGCCGGUAACGCCUACAAAAGAGCUCGACCCGAAGGUUGUAGAUCUUGAGUUCGAGGAGGUGCUGGAAUCGCGAAACAUUCCUACACAUCAGCGCGCUGCGAUGCGAACCCUAAAGAUCGAGGUCAAGGCCGACUUCGUGCGAACGCACAAACUAGAUACACCGCGGUUGUCCACAACAUCCUUUCCUUCGAUAGGGGAAAGUGAAGACAGGAGCGCUCCAAAGCACCAAUCUUCGAAGUCCACCAAGUCAAGGAAUGACUCCGCUCAAGAAGAGAUGUCGUCAUCGCAGACGAGUAAAGCAGACGGCUCAAAACGCGAGCGUCCGACGAGCAGGACUUUCACAUUCAACAGAAGCAACUCUCCCACGAAGAAGCAGCGAGCCACGGAACUCGGCGCGACUGCAAAGCCUCCUAGUCCAAUCCCAAAAUCUCCCUCUUCCAGAUCCCUGCACUCGGACGCAGCUUCUAAUAGAUCUGUCUCUAACAGCUCAAAGACAUUGAAGUCUGCAGAAUUCAUCAACUACCUGAAGAAGACAUCAAAGCCUCAAGACGUGGAAGUUGGCAAGCUGCACAAACUUCGGUUGCUGCUACGGAACGAAACGGUCGACUGGGUCGAUACAUUCAUUCAAGACGGCGGCAUGCUGGAGCUUGUGAGUCUGCUCCACCGAAUCAUGGAAAUUGAAUGGCGCGAAGAUCACGAAGACACACUCCUCCACGAGCUCCUUCGUUGCCUGAAAGGCCUCUGCACGACAGACAGCGCCCUGAGGCAGCUCGCCAGCAUUUCCUCCACUCUUUAUCCAGCGCUCAUCGGUAUGCUCUUUGAUGAAGAGCACAAGGGUCCUAGCGAGUUCACCACUCGUGAGCUCAUCAUCCAAAUCUUCUUCGCUCACAUCGACAUGGCAUCUGAGACUGAACUUGCUUCACGCGCCGCAGAGCUCCUCACAUACCUCCGCGACCCCGUCAAAGAGAAGGAAUCUUCCACUAUUCCGUUCAUUCUGCAGAUGCAUACAUCCCGCCCGUACCAGAUAUGGUGUAAGGAAAUGACGAACGUCACUAAGGAAGUUUUCUGGAUCUUCAUUCACCACUUGAACGUUGUUCCCAUGCCGUCUGCGCCCUCCACGGAUUUGUCGGCGAAGAACUACGCCAAGAAACACUUCCCCGGUCCUCGCGCUAUCGUCCCUGCUGCUCCCUACGUUGGUGGCGUAGAGUGGGACGCAACAAACUACCUAGCGACUCACAUUGAUCUCCUUAACGGGCUUCUCGCUUCAUUGCCAACCCGGGAAGCUCGCAACCAGCUUCGCGAAGACCUCCGCAUCUCAGGAUUCGAGAAGCUUAUGGGGCAGUUGCGCGCGUGUAACCCCAAGUACUACGGUGCUGUCCAUGAUAGCAUCAAAGUAUGGAUUGGCGCUGGACUCGAUGACGAAUGGGAUGUCAAGCCUGUCAGGAUGGGCAGUGGAGACAAGAACAACAGCAGCACAAGUCCAGUGAAAAUGAGUCCGAAGAAGAAGGCCGAGCCCGCGCCGCAGAUCGAAGUCCCAAAGCUCGACCUUGGGCUCGCAUUUGACAGGGAGAUCGACAUUGGCGGCCCUGUUGGGGGGAAGGACGACGACUGGAUCUGAGACCUCGACCCGGAGUCGUUGGAUCAAAUAGCAGCUGUACUUUUUUUACUUUGUCUUGGCGCCGGAUUGGAUAUGUUCCGGGUACUUCAUUGCCGCUGUCAUGCUGUACUUCCUCUGCUCGGCAUCCAGCACACUUACGAUUACUGACGAAUAUGACGAUUGGGAUAGCGAGCUCCCACCUUUUUC